AGUUGGUGGAACAGGUUCGAGACUCGGCGUCUGCAGAGAGGAGAGCAGCAGUCAUGUCACGAUGGUUUUAACAACGCGAGCACUGUUUGCUCCUAUAACUAAGAGGGCGUGAACGCUUUAUUUAUAUGUAUUUUUAAACAUUUUACAUAUUUUUUUUCCUCACUUUUGCGCACGCGGGCUGCCUCAGAAUGCGCUUUAAUGGAUAUCUGAAGCUGCGGAUCGGCGAGGCGCUGGACCUCAAACCGACAACCUUGUCCACCCGCCACACCGUCAUCUUCAACAAGGCUCCCCAGGUGCUGGACCCGUACAUUGUGGUGAAGGUGGACGACUUGAAAGUGGGCCAGACGCACACCAAGCAGAAAACCAACAUGCCCACGUACAACGAGGAGUUCAGCCUGAACGUGCACGAAGGGAAGCAGAUCGAGCUGGCUGUUUUCCACGACACUCCGAUUGGAUACGACGACUUCGUGGCCAACUGCACCAUCCAGUUCGGAGACCUGAUCAAAAGCUCCAACACCGGGGAGACCUUUGAGGGAUGGAUGGACUUGGAGCCAGAAGGGAAAGUUUUCGUCCUCAUUACUCUCACCGGAUCCUUCACCGAUGACGACGCUGUAUUGAAAGAGAACACCCACAAGCAGUUCACCAGGACGCGGCAGGGGGCCGUGAGACGGAGGAUCCAUCAGGUCAACGGACACAAGUUCAUGUCCACGUACCUCCGUCAGCCCACCUUCUGCUUCCACUGCAAGGAGUUCAUUUGGGGUUUUUUGGGAAAACAGGGUUACCAGUGUCAAGUGUGUACCUGUGUAGUUCAUAAACGUUGCCACCAGCUGGUUGUUACGGUGUGUCCCCGGAUGAAGAAGUCCCCAAAAGAGCAGCCUGUAACUCAAGGCUUCAGCAUCAACGUUCCUCACAAGUUCAACAUCCACAACUACAAGUCGCCCACCUUCUGUGACCACUGUGGGUCCCUGCUGUGGGGGAUAGUCCGACAGGGGCUGCACUGCAAAAUUUGUAAAAUGAACGUUCACAUCCGCUGUAAAGGCAACGUUGCUCCCAGCUGCGGUGUCAACAGUGUGGAACUGGCCAACAAGCUCGCCGAGAUGGGUCUGCAGGCUGGAGGACUCUCUAAAAGAAACACAAUUGUCAAAGGUUCAGAGCCGAGCAGGAUGCCCUCUGACAGGAGGGAGAGCACGGCUUCAGAAACUCUGCAGCAGUCCCUUCGGAUGGGAAUUUCAGACUUCACAUUUCUGCAAGUGCUUGGAAAAGGCAGCUUUGGCAAGGUGAUGUUGGCCAAACUAAACGAACGAGAUUGCGUUUUUGCAAUCAAGGUUUUGAAGAAGGACAUUAUUCUGCAGGACGACGACGUUGAGUGCACCAUGACGGAGAAGCGGGUUCUCUCGCUGGCCUGCUGUCACCCCUACCUCACACAGCUUUACUGCUGCUUCCAGACUCCGGAUCGACUCUUCUUCGUGAUGGAGUUCGUUAAUGGAGGCGAUCUCAUGUUCCACAUCCAGAAAUCCAGGAAAUUCGAAGAGGCCAGAGCGCGUUUCUACACGGCAGAGAUCACUUCGGCUCUUAUGUUCCUGCACAGCAAAGGCAUCAUUUACAGGGACCUAAAACUGGACAAUGUUCUUCUCGACAAAGACGGCCACUGUAAGCUGGCAGAUUUCGGGAUGUGCAAGGAGGGAAUAUUUGAAGGUGUGGCCACAGGAACGUUCUGUGGGACCCCAGAUUAUAUUGCUCCGGAGAUCCUGCAGGAGCUGCUGUACGGCCCCUCCGUCGACUGGUGGGCGCUCGGGGUGCUGCUGUACGAGAUGCUGUCGGGACACGCCCCUUAUGAGGCCGAAAAUGAAGACGACCUCUUCGAGUCCAUCCUGAAUGAAGAGAUUGUUUAUGCAUCCUGGCUCAGUGUGGAUGCUGUGGAUAUACUCAAAGCUUUGCUGAUCAAAAACCCUGUGCGGCGUCUCGGCUGCGUACCAUCAGAAGGCGGCGAGAACGCCGUGAUAAACCACACCUUCUUUACCGGCAUCGACUGGGAGAAACUAAACCGCAGAGAAAUAGAUCCGCCUUUCAAGCCGAGGAUUAAAACGCCGGAAGAUGUAAACAACUUCGACCCAGACUUUACUCAGGAGGAGCCCACCCUCACGCCCAUCGAUGACCCUGUGAUUCCUUCAAUCAACCAGGAGGAGUUUAGAAACUUUUCCUUCAUUUCACCUGAACUGCUGGAGCUCUAA